AUGCAAGCAUCAACCAUGUUUCUUAAGACAAUAACUUCGAUUUUACUCAUUCUCACAGUCUCAGACUCCGGGAAAAGGCUUGGUGCUAGAGAGCUGCGAGAUAACUCUCAAAAUUAUAUCUUCGGAAAAACCAGCAAAACCCAGCACCCAGAAACCAAGGAGCCCUUCAGUUAUCUUCUCAAGGAUAAUACCAUGCAUGCCCAUAAGCUCACUGACAGUCUCCAUCAGAAACUGGUUCCCAUCACAGAGGAGCUUCAUGAGAAGAUGACGACCGACACUGAGAAGUUGCAGCAAUUGGUCAGGCACGAGUUACAGGAACUGAGCAGGAAAAUUGACCCUUUCAAUGAUGGAGCUCACCAGAGGCUCAGUAGAAGACUGACAGAAUUCUAUCGGAUGCUGACGCCUUACACUGAGCAACUCCGCAUUGCACCUGUAAUUCACAGCAGCAGGUCACUUCGACGCAAAGUGAGAGCUGCUUCAAAAACCGAAGGCCACACCAUGGUCUCACUGACUGAAAAAAUACAGAGUCAGAUCGAGGAUAACAUUGCCAAAGUAAACCAGGGCCUCCAACCUGCCACAUCCCUGGUCCAGCUUGAUAAAGGAAUCCAGAAGAUUCUGGGUAAGCUACUUCCUGAUGUUGACCGAGGAUCUGCAAGUGUGCUCCAUCAGGUUGGCACCAUUCCCGAGCACACAGAGAACAUCAGUACCCUCGAGUUAAAGAUCAAUGAGAAUGUGAUAAAACUGGCCCCUUAUGCCUCGAAAAAGACAGGGAUUCUGGUUGGUAACAUGAAUGAUGAAAAUCUGACUCACCAAAUGAAGGAUCUCAGCAGGAACCUCGAUGAAGUGGCUAAGGCUUUCCAGCAGAACACGGAGUCCUUCAAAAUCAAUAAAAACCUUACAGUGAAACUGAAGAACAUGAAGGACAGACUCUCUCCUUAUGCAGACAGCUUAAAGCAAGCUCUUCAAAACCAACUUUCAAAUAUGUCCGAAUAUAUUCAAGAUGAAGUCAAUACCUUCUGA